UCUUAUAAUUGUUGGAGAAAAAGGUCGAAAAUGAUGGAAGUCAUGGUGGUGUUAACAUGGAAGUUCGUCUUCUUAGUGAUCACAUCUCACCUUGCAAUUACUGGUUCUGGCGUAAGGGCAAAUGAGAAUUUGUUUACAGUGAGCACCCCCUCUCUAGUGAAAGUGAAUCAAACAUUCGAAAUCGCAUUCUGGACAGACUUUACAUUGUUCUUUGAGUGCUACUGGGACUUCAAUGACAACAUUACCUACACUACAAAUGCCACUGAUCUUCAGGAACAGCUAACGCACAAAUAUACACAACCAGCUGCAUACAACAUUUUCACAAACUGUUGUAUGGCAGGCCAACCGGAAGCCCACUUCUCAGAAGUUUUGGUCUAUUCUGAGAUAUAUUAUGAAAUAUGUUCCUACAGAAGUGUGAAUCUGACCUAUAACUAUGACAUUUACAUCCUUGGAGAGUCAGAUCUUUUGAUCUUCAAUCACCAUGAGUUUCCAGAUCCAUUGUAUUAUUAUAUGGAACUUGAUGGUUACCCGGUCUUUGAUGAGGUAUUCUCCCAUGGUGCACUGCAAAAUGAUGACCUGUAUGCGGUGCUCUUGGAUACUUUACCAUUUCCCAUGGAACUUCAAAACAUCGUUGGAUUAGGAUCACACAAUGUGUCUGUGACUGUUUACAGUGAGAUUAACAAUACAGCAGUGUAUUGUGAGUCACAAAUCAAGUUUGUGGAGCUAAUUACAGGAAUGGUGUUUUAUGUCAGUGAGUAUUUUGUUCAGACCAACCAUCCUUUCAUUGGCUCUCUUGCUGCGGAGUCUGGUUGGCCUGCUCUCAUUGAAUGGAGUGCCUAUAAUGAAGAUACGUUUGAACUAGAAUUCUACUUUGAUUCCUACCGCCAAGCUAGAAGACCAGAUGAAGUGGAUGAAGUGUGGUUGUUUAUUUCGAAGCCAGGAAACUAUACUCUGAGAGCAACUAUGUACCAUGAGAUUAACGAGGCUUCAGAGUAUACCACCAUCAUCGUUGAAAACCCUAUCACUACGCUGGAUAUAUUCCUCAAUGCACCACUUCACUAUCCCCUGGAGGAUACACUUCAGAUGUAUGUUAACUAUACAAGUGAUGGAAUACCCACUGAUAUUCAUGGUGACAUAGAUUAUGGAGAUGGAGCUAUAGGUUGGUAA